AAAAAAGGUACGGCGGUGGAUAUUGGCCCUUGCCGCAAAAGCAAAAGCUAUCGCCGCCACCGUUUCAUAAAUCUCAGAUCUCUCUUUCUCUCUCUCUCUUCUUUUGCGAUAACAAUGGCCCAACCUAUGAACGAUAUUACGGUGAAGAACAAUGAAUCACACGAAGAAGAAAUCCCCGAUCAAUUUCUCUGCUGCGUUUGCCUGGAACUUCUUUACAAGCCAAUUGUGUUAUCUUGUGGUCAUCUAUCAUGUUUUUGGUGUGUACAUAAGUCCAUGAAUGGCUUUCGCGAGUCUCAUUGUCCGAUAUGUAGAGACCCGUAUGUUCACUUUCCGUCUGUGUGCCAGAAGCUUUAUUUUCUACUGAAGAAGAUGUACCCAUUAGCGCAUAAGAAGAGAGAAGAACAAGUUCUAAAGGAAGAACAAGAACUAGAUUGUUUUUCUCCUCAGAUUGAUGUUGUUUUGGAGGAAACAAAGGUUAAGGAUGUGUCUGUAUGUAGUGGAGAUUCUCUAAAUGUCUCUGAUAAACAGAAGGUGGAUGAGUGUUCGAAUGCAGCGAACUUAUUAUCUAGUUCAUCAAGUAGAGGUGGCAGUCCAUGUAUCCCCAGCAAUCAAGAACCCACUGAUGCACAAACUCUUAAUGUUCAUGAGAAUGAAUUACCUAAGAAUAACAAAGUCAGUAAUCAGAUUUCGAAAGAUGAUUUGCUCUGUUCAGCAUGUAAGGAGCUACUUGUGCGACCCGUAGUUCUCAAUUGCGGACAUGUCUAUUGUGAAGGAUGUGUAGUAGAUAUGGCUGAAGAAAGCGAAAAGAUCAAAUGUCUAGAGUGUAAUGUUUGUGACCCUAGAGGAUUUCCAAAAGUUUGUUUGAUUCUUGAACAGCUUUUGGAGGAAAAUUUUCCUGAAGAACACAAAUCAAGGACAAGUGGGAUUCAGAAAAGGCUUGCCCAUAAUAGCAAAGGAAAUUUUCAAAGCCAUCUAAAAGAAGGCCCAUCGUUAUCAAACGACAACAACGAUGAUCUUCCCUGGUUGGCAAACCCUGGAUCAAAUGUUCACUUUGAAGCUGGUUGUGAUUCUUGUGGAGUGUAUCCAAUCAUAGGGGAUCGAUACAGAUGCAAAGACUGCAAGGAGGAAAUUGGGUAUGACCUUUGCAAAGACUGUUACGAGACUCCUUCAAAAGUUCCAGGGAGAUUCAACCAGCAGCACACUCCUGACCACAGGCUUGAGCUCGCGAGGGCUCCUCAGGUUCUGAUCAAUUUCAAUUCUAUCGGUAUCCUUCUCGGACCCUCGGAUAUCUCAACUGAAGCCAUGGAUACAGAUGAGGGCGAGGAAGGGCCUCGGGGUUCUUCUAAUGAGUCAUCAAGCACAGAAUGAAAUAGCAGUCAAGUAUUAAUGCAUAUGCUUUCGCUUUGUUUUUGCGUUUGUUAUUGUAUUUAUAUCUUCUGAUAAGUCUAUGGUUUUAACAUCUAAACAAAGUUUAUUUGUUAUUUGUGAGCGUAAGAAGGAAACAAAAAAAAAUUACUUUAUGUUUGCAUUUUGGUGUUUGCGUAUGUGUAUUAUUAUUGAUUAUUGCAACAAUAUUCUACAAAGAACUGGAAAUAUU